AUGGUGAACGAGUGGAUCAUCCGUGAACACCCAAUCGAUCACAUGCAGUCCCUCGAAUGCAAGGGGCCUCAGGCUCCGAAUAAUGGGACUGGAAAAGAGUCUCGAGAUGGCGCAGAUGUCAGCCGCCACGCACUUGCCGAUGGCGACUCAGGACGAUCGCACGGCGUGCGUCGGGAGGAGAGCAUGAAGAAUCGCGAGGCGCAGAACCUCCACCCUAUCUCAAGAGCUUGCAUUCCUUGUCGAGAACGCAAGAUCAAAUGUGACAGAAAGAACCCAUGCAGACACUGUGCGAUAUCCUUUCAAGAUUGUAUCUAUCCAGAACCGCGCCGCAGGAAGAGAAGACGCCUCCGUACCGCGGAGCACGUCGAGUCUCUCAAGACCAGGAUUGAAGCUUUGGAAUCGUGCAUCAAGAACCUCACUCAGCCGGCAAAUGCGACCCGUACGCCGCCCGCGGCAGACGGUCAUUUGGCCGGACAACCUAGCCAAUAUCAACAUUCUGAGUAUUCCCCAGAGAAUUUUGACGAAACUAUGUCCUGGAUGGCGCCCAGGUUCAUCAUCACGCGACACGCACCUGAGGAAGCUGAGGACGGAUAUCAGGGAUACUCUGGAGAGCGCGCUUUCAUCGAACGGAUGCGAGAAAGGAUAAAAGGCUGGCAAAGCGACAGUGUUAAUUCGCGGUUACGGCCCCCAAAAAGGCCUCCUGCAAAACUAUUCGACUGUGAUUACUCUCUUGCGGCUGCCGCCUGUCUUCCCUCCAGAGGAAGAGCUCGUGCCUUGGUAGAUGCUGCUGUGGACACAUAUUCCCUGUUCCCCAUCUUACAUCGACCGAGCUUCGAUCGCUCCUUUGAGAACAUAUACACAAUAUCACCCAACGACUAUACAGCCGAACAGCUACGCUUCCUCCCUCUUCUCUAUGCAGUCCUAGCUCUAGGAUGUUUGUUCAUUCAGGUAGACUCUAUGGAGUCCUCUCGUGAGCAGCAGAUCACCGAAGGGCUACAGUACUUUGCGGCCAGCCGUGCCUUUAUCGACGUCGGCGACUGUACUGAUGGGCUCUCCCUCCAAACAAUGAUCUUCCUUAUCCUUUUCACUAUAGACACCGCUCGUGCUGGAACCGUGUAUUCAUACGUGACCCAUGCACUGACGCUUGCCCUCCGAAUGGGUCUCCAUCGUUCAAAGUCCAAUCACGCCGACCUAAUCGAGCGGGAAGUAGGAAAGCGGAUUUUCUGGGUAUUGCGACUUCUGGGGAUUUACUUCGCAACGGCGUGUGGCAUGCCUAGGCUCUUGAACGACGAAAAUGUCGACCAAGAUUUGCCCAUGGAAGUUAAUGAUGCGUAUAUCACGAGAACAGACAUUUCACCCCAGCCUCUGGAUGAAGUGUGUACAAUAGCGGGCCUCAAUGCCAUCAUCGCCCUUUACAAGAUCCUGGAACAGGUUGUGAGGGAUAUAUAUCCGCCCAGAGGGAUCAGCAAAACGCACGGAAAGCAGCCAACAACAUAUCUAGUCAACGUUGAGAAGGUCAAGGAUAUCGAGAGGGCUCUAAAAGGGUGGAUAGAGAGUCUGCCGUUUGGUUUGCGUCUAAAAUCGCAAUCGGUACCCAGAUCUUUGUUACGGACGCAAUAUCUACUUCGCAUGUCGCAUGCCCACGUCCAAAUCUACCUCUACAGACCUUUCCUGCACUACCUCUCCAAAGCCUCUGCUCAAAACACAUCAUCGUCCAACAUCACUUUUUGCCCGUAUGCCGCGGCCUGUAUCGAAGCGUGUCAUACUAUUUUGAGCUUGAGCGGAGGAAUGCUCGAAAAGGACCUUCUCCAAGGCGGAGGCUUUACCGUCUUGCACAUGGUCUUCGGAUCUGUUGUGACACUCCUGUUCGUGGUUCUCGAUUCUACCGAAUGGGAAGGGAGGGAAUCCGCUUUCAGGGAUAUAUCGGUCGGCCGAAAGGCGAUUGCUCUUCUUGCGAAGCGCAACAAUGCUGGCGAGAGGACGCAAACCAUUCUAGAGGUUAGUGGAUGA